CCCGUUAUCAAAACAUCGUUACAGGAACAAUGGCAUCAGAAAGAGAUAGCCGUUUGUUUGUAGUGGCUAUAGACUUUGGAACUACCUAUUCUGGAUACGCAUUUUCUACUCGAUCCGAAUACCUCAACGAAAAAAGUAAAAUACAGUCACCUAUAUGGAAUUCUGGACAACUGUUAUCGCACAAAUCACCGACGAUUCUUUUACUUAACAAGGAAAAGGAGUUUGUUAAUUUUGGUUACGAUGCAGAAAAUUGCUACAGCAGAAUGACAGCGAAAGAAAGAAUGGAACAUUAUUAUUUUCACCGAUUUAAAAUGAUGUUAUACACCAAAGAUGACAAAAUAAAACUUACAAGAAAUACUGUAUUAUCUGACAUAGGAGGUAAAGAAAUGCCUGCUAUUGAUGUUUUUGCCAAAUCUAUUAAACAUUUCAAAGAUCACUUCAUCGAUGCCCUGCUGACCAGAAAUUAUAAUAUGGCUUAUGAGAAAAACGAUGUUACUUGGGUCUUAACUGUCCCGGCUAUCUGGGAUGAGCCUGCAAAACAAUUUAUGCAAGAAGCAGCAGAAAAAGCUGGUAUUUGCAAAAAAUCUCUUUUAAUCUGCUUGGAGCCAGAAGCUGCAGCCAUUUACUGCAAAUGGAUUUCAAUAGAAAAGGACCAAAACGCUCUUAUUACGAUGAAACCCGGUCGAAGAUUUCUUGUGCUAGAUGCUGGAGGUGGUACAAUUGAUAUGGCAAUGCAGGAAGUGAGAGAAGAUGGGAAGCUACAGGAGAUAAACAGGGCAGAAGGAGGAGAUUGGGGAGGGAUUUAUGUGGACGACGAGUUUAAACAGAUGCUGGAGUGUAUUGUUUCCAAACCAGUCAUUGAGUCUUUUCGAAUGGAAUACACCGAUGACUAUAUCGAAUUAAUUCGGCAUUUUGAAACAAAGAAAAGAGAAAAUCAGUCAGGAAAUAAAGUAAAUAUUCAAUUUCCAGCUUCUCUUCUCGAAAUACAAGCUGCAAACGAUAUUGCAAUGCGCAUUGAACAUAAAGGACUAAAAGAUAAAGUGGAAUUAAAAAAAGGUAGACUUUUUAUUCAAAAAAUGAAAUAUGAAGCAUUUUUCAACAAAGUGGUGAACAAAAUAGUAGUUAAAGUUGAAGAAAUGUUAGUUUCCGAUACAGCGAAAGGAACUAAAGUCAUUAUCAUGGUUGGAGGGUUUUCAGAGAGUUUGUUUCUCCAAAGAAGGAUGAGAGAUUCAUUCCCAAAUUGUACAGUGGUAAUUCCCCAAGAAUGUGGAUUAGCUGUUCUGAAAGGCGCUGUAAUUUUUGGUCAUGAUCCUGAAAUAAUUGCCGCAAGAAUAGUUAAAAAUACGUAUGGCGUAUGUAUCAACACCCCAUUUAAUAACAACAACCAUCCUGCAUCAAAGAAGAAACUAAUAAACGGAAAAGAGUAUUGUACUGAUAAGUUCGACAUUCACGUUAAUAAAGGCAAGUUUAUUCAUUGCAACGAAGAGACAAACAGUAACUAUUCCCCCCUAUAUGAAGACCAAACUUCCGUUAAGUUUAGAGUGUUUGUGAGUGAUAAAGAAUACCCGCAAUAUACUGACGAAGAAGGAUGCAAAGAGAUAGGAUCUUUGACUGUCCCAAUGCCAGACACAACAGGGGGUACCAAUAGGACGGUCAACGUGAAGUUUAAAUUUGGAGCAACCAAGAUUACCGUCGAGGGCUUCGACGAAACGUCAAAAAAAUCUGUGAACGUAAAAAUCGACUUUUUGGAAAAUAAUCCAUAAUGCGUUGACUGUCAACCUGAACUUCUGAUAUGACAUUUUAGAAUCAUUUUUAGCAUGCCUUCAAAAUUGAUAGUUUUGUUUUACUACUCAUCAACAUGAUAAAUUGUACUCUAUACCUUACUGUAUACGCAUACAAAAAUCACUUCCAUUGUUCUUUUAAUAAAAAUUUGUAUUUA